CCGUUUUUAAGAACAGACGUAGACAAGGGUAAUCAGUUUCUUCUUUCGAUUACCAAAACCCCAAACUUGUAAAAUUUAAACCCUAAUUUUUGAAUAAACAGCGUGUAUCUAUCGCUGUAGCUGUAUCAAUGGCAUCUCCGAGCACCGCGCCACCGUAUAAUUCAACUUAUAGUGAUAACAGUAAGCCAUAUUUUGAAUGGUACAAGAACCCUGCUGCUUCAAUGUUUCAAUUUUCUCACCCGCUCUCUCGCAACUCCUCCUCCCCUGCUGGCUCAGGUUCAUCUAAUAUUGUGGUGGUUGAGUCAGAAGAGCAAUUCAAAAGGUCACUAAGCAAGGUUCAAGAUGAAUCACAGUCAGCAAUUUUUUACUAUACUGCGGUUUGGUGUUCUCCAUGUAGGUUAUUGUCUCCUAUUAUUAAGCAGAUGAGUGAGAAGUAUCCUCAUGUUACCACGUAUAAGGUUGAUAUUGAUCAUAAAGGCCUAGGCAAUGCAUUGAGCAACAUGGACAUACACUCUGUGUAAUUUGAGUUCCCAAGUAAUUAUAUGAAAUAAUAUAAAGUGCUCAGUAUCUGUAAUGGUAGCAAUCUGAGCGUGAAGAUUUAGUGAUAUUGGUAGAGCAUUGGAGAUGCGGGAAAAGGGUGGAUGGUCUUCUGCUUCACACCUGAAAAGUAGUUAUACAUAUCUACAAAAAAGGGAGAUGUCUACUUUUAUAUAAAUUCUUGCUUUUUGAUCCAUUGAUAUACCUCUGAAAGUUUAUUUGUUGAAUUAGGUUUUUUUAUUAAUAAAUAUGUGUUCCAUCUUAUUUGGUAUUUGAAUCACUGAUUUGUAUGUUGUCAUAUACUCGGGUUGGCCCCCAGUCUUUAGAUCAAGUUUAUAUCUUUAAAAAAAAUCGUAUGGUACAACAUGAGCCCUCUUAUUGUGAGGGUUCUUGACUUCUUGUGAUUUCUUCAGCAUGUAAUAUUGUGUUAUGCUGUGUGGACAUCAUUUUUUUUG